CAAUUAAACAUUUUCCGCUAGAUUUUAGCAUAAAUAUGAAUAUAAAAUUAAACGGAAUAAAUAAUGAGAAUAAUUGUGUGAACGGAUUGACUGCAGUUGUGAAUAACAACAACAACAAUAAUAAUAACAAUAAUUCAUCGUCAAGUGCAUUUAAGGUGGUGACACCAAAAGGAAAGACCGACGCGUUAGCAUCUCCGCCACAUCAUCCUCAUCCGAAUGGAUUGUCGCCGUUGUUGUUUCAUCCGGACUUUGUGAACCAUUAUCGGAGGUUUUUGAAUCAUCCGAUGGCACCAGCGAGAACUGUUGCAAAUGGAUUGAGUGUUACGGUGCUAAAUGGAGCGUCGCCGGAACGAAGAGAUAAUUCUGGAGAAAAUAAAGACGAAAUCAAAUUCCCCAUUAGUCGUUUGAUGAAACCCCCAUUUGACCAUGUGGCAUCCGAAGAUGAGGAUAACAACAAUACGACAAUUUUUCACCAAAAUUCAUCACAAAAUACUCAUGAAGACACAAAACCCGAAAUUAUUAGCUGUGAUUCCCCGACAAAUCUCAGUGCGCGAAGUCAUCGUUCGCGAUCGCGCGAAAGUGAGCGUCAUGGGUCACGAUCGCGAUCUAGUUCGCCCGAAUUGGAGGUUGAUUCGCCGCCUCCGCCACGUGUUGAGUCUCCGGAAUUGCAUGAAAUACCAAAGUCAAAGUCGAAUGCGUUUUCGAUGUCGGCUCUUUUGAGGAAUGAUGAUGCGGGAAGUAAACGAAAGUCACCAAAUAUUGGAUUUGCGCCGUUAAGACCUCCUUAUCAGCCAUACGAUCAAAAUCUGAUACCCCGACCCUUUUUCCAUCCGUUCCCGUGGCUAUUGCUCAAUCCGCAACAACAGCAACAAGCUCAGCAGCAACAACAACAACAGCCAGGUCAACCACCGAAUGGAAUGCCAUCAAGUUUUCACGUUCCAAGCCCCGAAGAACUCAUCCGGUUCCGACAUUUGAUGACCCAGAGUGCUGGCGCACAAUCCGUACAAUCAGCAGCGGCAGCCCUUGGAUUUCCGCACCCCCAUCAUCCGCAUCACCAUUUAUUUAUGCGAAAUCCGGCGACAGCAGGCAGCAUCGUAGCAGGUAUGGGACCAUUAGGCGAUGUUUAUUCAUGUAUAAAAUGUGAAAAAAUGUUUUCCACGCCGCAUGGAUUAGAAGUGCACGCGAGACGAUCACACAAUGGCAAACGACCUUUUGCCUGCGAAUUGUGCAACAAGACAUUCGGGCAUGAAAUCAGCUUGAGUCAACAUAGAGCCGUUCACAAUGUCGAAAAAGUGUUCGAAUGCAAGCAAUGCGGUAAGGCAUUCAAGCGAUCCAGCACUCUAUCAACACAUUUGUUAAUUCACUCAGCACAUUUUUCUCCGCAUCUUCCAGAUACGAGACCAUACCCAUGCCAGUUUUGCGGCAAACGUUUCCACCAGAAGUCAGAUAUGAAGAAACACACCUACAUCCAUACCGGUGAAAAACCACACAAAUGCAGCGUGUGCGGCAAGGCAUUCAGCCAAAGCUCAAAUCUCAUCACACAUUCCCGAAAGCAUACGGGCUACAAGCCAUUCGCCUGCGAGUUGUGCCACAAAGCAUUCCAGCGAAAAGUCGAUCUGAGGCGGCACAAGGAAACGCAACACACGGAUUUGAGACCGCUUGUCAAUUAAAAAUACUUUUUUCUUCGUCUACUAGUUAGCUACUUUUAGAAAUAAAAUAGUUAGAAAUAAAUUUUGUGUAAAAAAUAAUUUUUAGUUUGCUGAUAAAAGAAUUUUUCAAGUGCAAUCCAUUUUCAAAUUGAUAUUAUUAUUUUUUUUGUACAAUUAAUGUUCACUUUUUCAUUGUAAAUAAUAUAAAGGGUCGUUAAGAAGACUCGAAUUCUCAUUCUCUUUAAGGUCAAAUACGAUAGAAGCCAAAUAUGUCAGUGAAAGCUUACCAAAGAUAGAUAAUUCCUAUAAAAUAAUAAAAAAAAAAUAAUAAAUUUAAUUAUAAAUAUUGAAUCAAGUA